AUGAGUGGAGCACUAUGCAACUUCCCAGUAACCCACAAACAAAUUACUUCCGAUAAUGGCACACCUCUCGAUGCUCUGCAUUGUCAUGGCUUGUGUUCUCCUCCCACAACUCGUCGAAAUGAAACCCUACAAGAAGUCCGAGAAACUGCCACUAAAUUUCGAAGAGGAUGGAUCAUGGAACAUCAAGUUUGGAGGACUGACUGUUGGCAGGAACGAGAAGGGAGUGGUGAAGCUGGGGUCUGGUCUGUGUGUCACAAACUUCGAUCUGUCGAAGCCAACUGCUGCAGAGUCGUCGGCGAAGAAGGGAACUCGACAGGUGGACAUUGCCUGCAAACGUCCUGA